AUGUGUGCACCCUGCAGGAUUCUCUCCACUCGACCUCUAUUUCGUCAUACAAUAACCCACUUAAAAGUCCGAGACUUGCAAUGUUUCUUACAACGCCAGAAUGUCUCCACUCGUGGUUGCGUCGAAAAAGAGGAACUUGUGAGCUUGUGCGUGACAUACGUAAACAGCACAGCGUAUAAACGCCGCGGGCCACGUACCGGUGCAUUCAGCUCACUGAAGGGCUUCACCAACAACAUCAAUGACUUCCUGAAUUCUGCAUUUGACAUACGUGCACCUCAGAACGAGCCGCCUCCUGCUCGCAGUGAGAUACUACUGCUCCUCUUGAACAGCUGCUUUAAUUCCUCACAUGUUCAUACACCACCAAGUGGGCCAGGCCCUGGGGUCAUUGAUAAUGACCGACGCUUUACACCCACACCAGGUGGCGAGCGCGAUAUCCGACCGCCGGUCCCUGAGCCAGCUGUAUCUCGCAGCAGCUCGUCGGAGAGCGCGAGAGUGGAUACGGCCGACUGCUUCGAGAUCGAGGAUCUGGAUGAUGCCGGCUGGGAAUUCGUUACCACGCCAGCCGAACCAUUGCCUAAUGAGUUGUAUCACCAAUACUAUUACAUCAAGAAAGAGUUGUAUCACCAACACUAUUACAUCAAGAAAGAGUUGUAUCACCAACACUAUUACAUCAAGAAAGAGUUGUAUCACCAAUACUAUUACAUCAAGAAAGAGUUGUGUCACCAAUACUAUUACAUCAAGAAAGAGUUGUAUCACAAGUACUAUUACAUCAAGAAAGAGUUGUAUCACCAAUACUAUUACAUCAAGAAAGAGUUGUAUCACCAAUACUAUUACAUCAAGAAAGAGUUGUAUCACCAAUACUAUUACAUCAAGAAAGAGUUGUAUCACCAAUACUAUUACAUCAAGAAAGAGUUGUAUCACCAAUACUAUUACAUCAAGAAAGAGUUGUAUCACCAAUACUAUUACAUCAAGAAAGAGUUGUGUCACCAAUACUAUUACAUCAAGAAAGAGUUGUAUCACCAAUACUAUUACAUCAAGAAAGAGUUGUGUCACCAAUACUAUUACAUCAAGAAAGAGCUGUAUCACCAAUACUAUUACAUCAAGAAAGAGUUGUAUCACCAAUACUAUUACAUCAAGAAAGAGUUGUGUCACCAAUACUAUUACAUCAAGAAAGAGUUGUUCACCAAUACUAUUACAUCAAGAAAGAGUUGUGUCACCAAUACUAUUACAUCAAGAAAGAGUUGUGUCACCAAUACUAUUACAUCAAGAAAGAGUUGUAUCACCAAUACUAUUACAUCAAGAAAGAGUUGUAUCACCAAUACUAUUACAUCAAGAAAGAGUUGUAUCACCAAUACUAUUACAUCAAGAAAGAGUUGUUCACCAAUACUAUUACAUCAAGAAAGUGUUGUAUCACCAGUACUAUUACAUCAAGAAAGAGUUGUAUCACCAAUACUAUUACAUCAAGAAAGAGUUGUAUCACCAAUACUAUUACAUCAAGAAAGAGUUGUAUCACCAACACUAUUACAUCAAGAAAGAGUUGUAUCACCAAUACUAUUACAUCAAGAAAGAGUUGUAUCACCAAUACUAUUACAUCAAGAAAGAGUUGUAUCACCAACACUAUUACAUCAAGAAAGAGUUGUAUCACCAACACUAUUACAUCAAGAAAGAGUUGUAUCACCAACACUAUUACAUCAAGAAAGAGUUGUAUCACCAAUACUAUUACAUCAAGAAAGAGUUGUAUCACCAAUACUAUUACAUCAAGAAAGAGUUGUGUCACCAAUACUAUUACAUCAAGAAAGAGUUGUAUCACCAAUACUAUUACAUCAAGAAAGAGUUGUAUCACCAAUACUAUUACAUCAAGAAAGAGUUGUAUCACCAAUACUAUUACAUCAAGAAAGAGUUGUAUCACCAAUACUAUUACAUCAAGUAAGAGUUGUAUCACCAAUACUAUUACAUCAAGAAAGAGUUGUAUCACCAAUACUAUUACAUCAAGAAAGAGUUGUAUCACCAAUACUAUUACAUCAAGAAAGAGUUGUAUCACCAACACUAUUACAUCAAGACAGAGUUGUAUCACCAAUGCUAUUACAUCAAGAAAGAGUUGUAUCACCAAUACUAUUACAUCAAGAAAGAGUUGUAUCACCAAUACUAUUACAUCAAGAAAGAGUUGUAUCACCAAUACUAUUACAUCAAGAAAGAGUUGUAUCACCAAUACUAUUACAUCAAGAAAGAGUUGUAUCACCAGUACUAUUACAUCAAGAAAGAGUUGUAUCACCAAUGCUAUUACAUCAAGAAAGAGUUGUAUCACCAAUACUAUUACAUCAAGAAAGAGUUGUAUCACCAAUACUAUUACAUCAAGAAAGAGUUGUAUCACCAAUACUAUUACAUCAAGAAAGAGUUGUAUCACCAACACUAUUACAUCAAGAAAGAGUUGUAUCACCAAUACUAUUACAUCAAGAAAGAGUUGUAUCACCAAUACUAUUACAUCAAGAAAGAGUUGUAUCACCAAUACUAUUACAUCAAGAAAGAGUUGUAUCACCAAUACUAUUACAUCAAGAAAGAGUUGUAUCACCAAUACUAUUACAUCAAGAAAGAGUUGUAUCACCAAUACUAUUACAUCAAGAAAGAGUUGUAUCACCAAUACUAUUACAUCGAGAAAGAGUUGUAUCACCAAUACUGUUACAUCAAGAAAGAGUUGUAUCACCAAUACUAUUACAUCGAGAAAGAGUUGUAUCACCAAUACUAUUACAUCAAGAAAGAGUUGUAUCACCAAUACUAUUACAUCAAGAAAGAGUUGUAUCACCAAUACUAUUACAUCAAGAAAGAGUUGUAUCACCAAUACUAUUACAUCAAGAAAGAGUUGUAUCACCAAUACUAUUACAUCAAGAAAGAGUUGUAUCACCAAUACUAUUACAUCAAGAAAGAGUUGUAUCACCAAUACUAUUACAUCAAGAAAGAGUUGUAUCACCAAUACUAUUACAUCAAGAAAGAGUUGUAUCACCAAUACUAUUACAUCAAGAAAGAGUUGUAUCACCAAUACUAUUACAUCAAGAAAGAGUUGUAUCACCAAUACUAUUACAUCAAGAAAGAGUUGUAUCACCAAUACUAUUACAUCAAGAAAGAGUUGUAUCACCAAUACUAUUACAUCAAGAAAGAGUUGUAUCACCAAUACUAUUACAUCGAGAAAGAGUUGUAUCACCAAUACUAUUACAUCAAAGUUGUAUCACCAAUACUAUUACAUCAAGAAAGAGUUGUAUCACCAAUACUAUUACAUCAAGAAAGAGUUGUGUCACCAAUACUAUUACAUCAAGAAAGAGUUGUAUCACCAAUACUAUUACAUCAAGAAAGAGUUGUAUCACCAAUACUAUUACAUCAAGAAAGAGUUGUAUCACCAAACUAUUACAUCAAGAAAGAGUUGUAUCACCAAUACUAUUACAUCAAGAAAGAGUUGUAUCACCAAUACUAUUACAUCAAGAAAGAGUUGUAUCACCAAUACUAUUACAUCAAGAAAGAGUUGUAUCACCAAUACUAUUACAUCAAGAAAGAGUUGUAUCACCAAUACUAUUACAUCAAGAAAGAGUUGUAUCACCAAUACUAUUACAUCAAGAAAGAGUUGUAUCACCAAUACUAUUACAUCAAGAAAGAGUUGUAUCACCAAUACUAUUACAUCAGGAAAGAGUUGUGUCACCAACACUAUUACAUCAAGAAAUAGUUGUGUCACCAACACUAUUACAUCAAGAAAGAGUUGUGUCACCAAUGCUAUUACAUCAAGAAAGGGUUGUAUCACCAAUACUAUUACAUCAAGAAAGAGUUGUAUCACCAACAUCAUCAAAACAUAAUCUAUUCAGGGAAGAAAUACACUUAGAUCUCCAGAAAUUUCCAUCUUAUUCUAUCGUGUCAUCCACACUGCAUAAUUCAACUAACAUUUUAGACUCGGAGGUGUUGUUAGCUGCCACAGAGGGCAGUUUGAGAGGAUCUAGCAGCACGUCACCAGCGUCUGAGAACGGCGAAGCUGGCGUAAGUAGCCUACGCUACCCGGGCAACCUGCCUCCUGGAGGGGGUGGACGGUGGGGCGUGGGGGGAGGGACGGGAAGUUCUGGAACGCCGCAGCGCGCUUCCUCAGAAUUGGAGCUGCGCUCCCCCUCCGCCGCUGAUAAUGACACCACUAGCCUGCAGGAUGAGCCACUAAUGGACCGGGAACCUAACACACCGUCACACAUAAACCUGGAUCAGCUGGUAGAGUCGGACCUAGAGGAGCUGAGCGUGCGGCAGCUAAAGGAGCUGCUGCGGCGCAACCGCGUGGAGUUCCGUGGCUGCGUCGAGCGCGCCGACCUGCUGCAGCGCGCGCGCACGCUCUGUCGCAACCACAAGCAGCUGCGCCAAGACAUCGACAACCUGCCGAUCGAGGAGUGCUGCAAGAUCUGCAUGGCGGCGCCGCUGGAGUGCGUGCUGCUGGAGUGCGGACACAUCGCCGCCUGCACAGCCUGCUCCAAGCAGCUGGCCGAGUGCCCCAUCUGCAGGCAGUACGUCGUGCGCGCCGUGCGCUUCUUCCGCUCCUGA